AUGGAUGACGCAGAGCUUUCUGAGUUCUUCGCGAACCAUUGGCGCACUGUGAAAGCCAACUGCAACAAAGAUCUCGAAGAGGGAGACCGAUUCAAACUGGAAGAAGUUCAAUCAUGGCAAGAUCUUCGCACGAUAGUGUUGGAAGGCCGCGGUGAUUUGGGAAGCGUACCUCAUCAAAUCGACCGACUCAAACCUACCCUCGUACACUACAACCAGUUCCUCGAAUUCAGCGAGAAAGAGAUGGGUACCGGGUUUUCUACCGCGUUCGUUUGGGGACUUCUGGGCGUAAUUCUCCAGGUCGCUGCUGAAGACCCACGCACUCUUGAGAAGAUACCUAAAAUGAUGAAAAGACUUGGCAACAAGAUCGAGGAGUUCAACACGUAUUGUAGGAAUGCUGAUUCGGUCACCAAACUCAUGCGGGAGGGCUGCUUCGACAUGUUGACUCAACUUGUCGAGUUUACCACGGCUUUGAUCAAAUCCAUCCGGGACAACACAUCGCCCGGGUCGUCAGAACAGUGGUCACAGCUCGAGAAGCAAUUCACAUCUACGGAACAUGACGUCAACGAGACGCUUGUACGCUUGGAGAAACUCACUCUGGUCAACUCAACGGGGGUUGCAGGUACCAUUGCUUCUCACAAGAACACAACUGCGCAUGUAUCCCGCUGCUUCAUUUUACCACCCACGAAAGCGCCCAGAUUCUUCAACCGCACCGAUGUCUUCGACAAGAUAGAUUCGGCAUUGGAACGAAAUUCUACCGGCACUUCCCUCCGUUCUGUAGCUCUGCAUGGGCUGGGUGGCAUUGGAAAGAGUGCUAUAGCCUCGCGAUAUGUCGAUAAGAAAAUCGAAGACAACGAUUACGACGCCAUCUUUUGGGUUCAGGCGGAAAAGACGGCGUCAUUACGCCAGAGCUUCACAGAUAUCGCUUUACGACUUAAGCUAGAUGGUGCGGAACCCCAGAAGCACGAGGAGAACAAGGACCUCGUGCAAGACUGGUUCCAAACAUCCACGAGUCGAUGGCUGGUAGUUUACGAUAACGUCGAGCUAGCGGAGAUCCUGAUGCCAUAUUGGCCGGGCUCGAGCCACGGAAAAGCUAUCAUCACCUCGCGUAAUCACACCCUAGCCUUCCAACCUGCUUCUUCCGGAAUCGAGAUCCUCUCGUGGGAUCCAAAAACGGGCUCAGAGUUUCUGUUCUUUCUACUCAAACAGGCGAUAGGUCGUGAUAUCCAGGAAGAGGGCAUCUCUGCUCUUGAGCUAUCGACACGACUCAAUGGACAUGCGUUGGGCAUAUCCCAUAUGGCUGGGAUGAUUCAAGACAGCGAUUGGUCGAUCACUGAAUUCAUGAAAGCAUAUCGAAAGAACCCUCGAAGUGCGCACACCAGAGACUUGGGAGACAGUAGCGAUUCAGAAGACGUCGACGACUCUGAACAAAUGAGCGACCUUGAAGCUAUAUGGCAUUUCUCGUUCACGACGCUGAAGAAGGAUCAUCCGACGAGUGUGAAGAUUCUUGGUGUUGCCGCGUUUUUGAUGCCAGACAACAUUCCACAAGCGAUAUUUGAGUUCCCAGAGGGCUCUGAGAAGAUCAAAGGUUUCAAGUUCUGCGAAGAUGGAAUCAAGUAUGUUGAGACCUUCACAUUCACAUCAAUGGACUAA